AUGUCAUCAGCACUUCGGCUUUGUCUUCCUUUGUCAAUUGUUAAACGAACUACUUCAUCGUUUGUCUCAUUGCGUUGGAAUUCAACAAAAGCUGCUACGGCAUCAGCGCCACGAAAGAUAACUACACAUUAUACAAUCUAUCCAAGAGAUAAAGAUGAACGAUGGAAAGAUGUCAACAUGGAACGUUACGCUGAAGAAUAUGAUGUGGCUAUCGUCGGUGGUGGACCAGCUGGUCUUUCAGCUGCCAUUCGAUUGCGACAAUUAGCUCAAAAGCACAACAAAGAGAUACGUGUAUGUGUUAUUGAAAAAGGUUCAACUAUUGGUGCUCAUAUAUUAUCGGGUGCUUGUAUUGAAACGCGAGCACUCGACGAAUUGAUACCUGAUUGGAAAGAAAAAGGUGCUCCAUUGACUAAUCCGGUCACUAAAGAUCGAUUCUAUUAUUUGACAAAGACUUCGGCAAUCGCUAUUCCAGUGAUUAAAGGACUUCCAAUGUAUAAUCACGGUAAUCAUCUUGUUCGUUUGGGUAAAUUGACUGCUUGGCUCGGUGAACAAGCCGAAGCAGCCGGUGUAGAAAUGUAUCCAGCAACUGCUGCUAGUGAAAUCUUAUAUCAUGAUGAUGGUAGUGUGAAAGGUGUUGCAACAAAUGAUGUUGGUAUUGCUAAAGAUGGUUCGCCAAAAGAUUCAUUUGCACGUGGUAUGGAAUUACAUGCAAAAUGCACUAUCUUUGCUGAAGGUUGUCAUGGACAUUUGGCAAAGCAACUCAUGAAGAAGUUCGAUUUGAGAAAGAAUUCUGCACCACAAACAUAUGGAAUUGGUCUUAAGGAAAUUUGGGAAGUUGAUAAAAGUAAACAUGAACCAGGUUUAAUCAUACACACAGCCGGUUGGCCAAUGGACACACACACAUAUGGUGGUUCAUUUAUGUAUCAUAUCUUAGACGAUGGUCAGCCAUUGGUUCAAGUGGGCUUUGUUGUUGCACUUGAUUAUGAAAACACAUACAUAAAUCCUUACCAAGAAUUUCAACGCUUUAAAACACAUCCUAAGAUUCGAUCAAUAUUUCAGAAUGGUAAACGUAUUGCGUAUGGUGCUCGUGCAUUAAACGAAGGUGGUUAUCAGGCUGUUCCAAAACUUUCAUUUCCCGGUGGCUGUCUAGUUGGAUGUAGUCCGGGAUUUUUAAACGUUCCAAAGAUCAAAGGCACUCAUACCGCUAUGAAAUCUGCUAUGAUCGCAGCUGAGACAGUGUUUGAUCUAUUGGACAAAUCAAUUGAUGGUCAAAAAUCGAAAGAACCGAGUGAUUACGAUAAUCGUGUUAAGAAUAGUUGGAUAUGGAAAGAGUUGUAUGCUGUACGAAAUUUUCGUCCAGCAUUUCAUACUCCAUUAGGUGUCUUCGGUGGAAUUCUUUACUCUGCCUUUCAUUUUGUAUUUCGUGGUAUAGAACCAUUUACACUUUCCCAUGGAAAACCUGAUCAUGCUUGCUUAAAAGAAGCAAAACAGUGUAAACCAAUUGAAUAUCCUAAACCGGAUAAUGUGUUGACAUUCGAUCUAUUAUCCAGCGUUUCAUUGACAAACACAAAUCAUGAUCAUGAUGAACCGCCCCAUUUAACUCUUAAAGACGAUAGCAUUCCAACGAAAGUUAAUUUACCAAUUUACGAUGGACCAGAACAACGUUUCUGUCCUGCAGGGGUUUAUGAAUAUGUUGAAAACGAAGCCGGUGAACGCAAUCUACAAAUCAACGCACAGAACUGUAUUCAUUGCAAGACAUGUGAUAUCAAAGAUCCCAAACAGAAUAUCAACUGGGUAACACCACAAGGUGGAGAGGGUCCGGCUUACAAUGGAAUGUGA